UAUUCAGACUGGUCGACAGUUUCAACGAGCUCAUACGCGUUGUGGACGGUGCGAAGUAUGGCUGUGUAUCAGAAGAUAAUCAAACACGAAUUCCCUUCUAUUGAUUUAGAGCUUCUGGAUUACGUAUCUGGAGUGCUUGAUGGAGGAGAAGAGUUCAAUAAUGUAGAUGAUGUGUAUGAGGCUAUAGGAGGUGUUCUUCAUGAAGUCAAUCUAGACAAAGAUGAAGAUUGUAUAAGGACCAUUUGUCGGAAACUCUACAAGACUCUACAGUUGAAUGAAGGAGAAAACCAACAGAAUGCUAUUUUAUUGGAUGCUCCAGUGCAGCUUAGUGAACAAGGAUUGCAAGAUGAAUCUACCAAUGAUGACAAGUCUAUAUGGAUGGCUACAAGAGAAAAUGUUUCUCAAGUCAACAAGAAGAAAUUAGAAAAAGCAGAAGCUAAACUGAAAGCCAAGCAAGAAAGAAGAUUAUUACAACCAGAUCAACCAGUUAAACAAAAUGGUAUGGUUAGUGCAUCAGCCAGUCAAGCAGUUAGCAGAAAAGAUGUCAAAGCAGAGGCAGCAGGAACAGCAAGAGCAACAGACAUUAGGAUAGAAAACUUUGACAUAGCCUUUGGUGAAAAGGUACUUCUCAAAGAAGCUAGUUUCACUUUAGCAUUUGGAAGACGGUAUGGACUUGUAGGACGAAAUGGAGCUGGAAAAAGUACACUUCUGAAAAUGAUUGCCAGUCGGGAGCUUCAAUUUCAAUCUCACAUUUCAAUUCUUCAUGUAGAGCAGGAAGUAAUAGGAGAUGAUACAUUGGCUAUUGACAGUGUCUUAGAAUGUGAUGAACUUAGAACAAAGUUACUCAAGGAUGAAAAGGAACUACACAUGAAAAUACAUGAGAGUAGUGGGUGCACUGACCCAAGUCUUGGUGCUAAACUCUCAGAUGUAUAUGCCAAGUUAGCUGAGAUAGAAGCAGAUAAAGCCCCUUCAAAGGCAGCAAUGAUCCUGAAUGGUUUAGGAUUCUCUCCUAGUAUGCAGAGUCAAACAACCAAAGAAUUUUCAGGCGGCUGGAGGAUGAGGAUAGCAUUGGCAAGAGCGCUUUUCUCAAAGCCAGAUCUUUUAUUACUUGAUGAACCAACAAACAUGUUGGAUAUCAAAGCCAUUCUUUGGCUUGAAAACUACCUUCAGGACUGGCCUACAACAUUGCUCAUAGUCUCUCAUGACAAGAAGUUCUUAAAUGAGGUAGCCACAGAUAUGAUACAUCAGCAUUCAAAGAGGUUAGAUGCAUAUAAGGGAAACUAUGAUCAGUUCUUUAAGACUAAGACAGAAAAACACAAAAAUCAGCAGAGGGAAUAUGAAGCUCAGAUGCAAUUCAGAGCCCAUGUACAGACUUUCAUUGAUAGAUUCAGGUACAAUGCUAACCGAGCUGCCCUUGUACAGAGCAAAAUUAAACAAUUGGAAAAACUGCCUAAACUAAUUCCAGUGGAGAAGGAAAGUGAAGUUAUACUAAGGUUUCCAGCAGAGUUACAGAAACUAUCCCCACCUAUCCUUCAGUUAGAUGAAGUCAGUUUCAGCUAUGGUCCUGACGUACCCAUCUUUGGCUCUGUAGACCUCUCAGCUAACAUGGAGUCAAGAAUAUGUAUCGUUGGUGAGAAUGGUUCAGGGAAGACAACUCUUCUGAAGAUCUUAUUAGGUGAAUUCAAUCCUGUAACUGGUAUCAGACACUGUCAUAGAAACCUAAGGAUAGGCUACUUCAGUCAGCAUCAUAUAGAUACUAUGAAUUUUGAUAAGAAUGCUAUAGAGGUCAUGGCAUCUAGGUUCCCAGGAAAACAGAUAGAACAAUACAGACAGCAGUUAGGAUCAUUUGGAGUGACGGGUGACCUUGCUACCAGACCAGUGUCCAGUCUAUCUGGUGGUCAGAAGAGUAGAGUUGUAUUUGCUCUAAUGUGUGCUGGAAAUCCUAACUUCUUCAUUCUUGAUGAACCAACAAAUCAUCUGGAUAUUGAGACAGUAGAGGCUUUGGGUAAAGCACUAUCUUCAUUUAAGGGUGGAGUCAUUCUUGUUUCUCAUGACGAGAGCUUAAUCCGAGUAGUUUGCAAGGAAUUAUGGGUAUGUGGUGAAGGAAGUGUCAGAGCAAUGGAAGGAGGACUGGAUGAAUACAAGAAAAUGGUUGAAAAGGAAUUUGAGCAGCAGAGAUAAACCUGGGAUUGGAUGAAGACAAGAACUUCAAACAGUGUAGUCAACUCUUCAAUGGAAACAAUCGUUAUGAGCCAUUAACAUUGUUUUAUCUUUUGUCAAAUUGAACAAGGAAUAAGAAAGUUAUUGCUGUUUUUGAAGGACAAGUCCACCCCAACAAAAACUUGAUUUGAAUAAAAAGAGAAAAA